AUGUCUGAACUGAGCAAGAACUUUGAAACCCUCCAGCUCCAUGCUGGCCAGGAACCUGACCCAGCCACCAAUUCUCGUGCCGUCCCAAUCUAUGCCACAACUAGCUUUGUCUUCAAUGACUCGGCCCACGGUGCAAAGCUCUUCGGACUCAAGGAGCGUGGCAACAUCUACAGCCGCAUAGCGAACCCAACCGUCGAUGUAUUCGAGAAGCGAGUCGCGGCCCUCGAGGGCGGCGUCGCUGCAGUUGCCACGGCUUCGGGCCAAGCGGCUCAGUUCAUGACCAUUCUGGCCCUUGCCCACGCCGGCGACAACAUUGUAUCGACGUCUAACCUUUACGGCGGAACCUACAACCAGUUCAAGGUCAUGUUUCCGAGGCUAGGCAUCCAGACAAAGUUUGUCGACGGCGACAAGCCCGAGGACCUGAUCGCCGCCAUUGACGACAAGACAAAGGCCGUCUACCUCGAGAGUAUCGGAAACCCGAGGUACAACAUCCCAGACUUUGAAAAAAUCACCAAACUGGCCCAUGAAAAGGGAGUGCCCGUCGUUGUCGACAACACCUUUGGCGCCGGCGGCUACUUUGUCAGGCCCAUCGAGCACGGCGCCGACAUAGUGGUGCACUCGGCCACCAAGUGGAUUGGCGGACACGGCACCACCAUGGGCGGCAUCAUCGUCGACAGUGGCAAGUUCGACUGGGGCGCCAACUCCAAGCGCUUCCCGCAGAUGGUCGAGCCGUCCGAGGGCUACCACGGCCUCAAGUUCUGGGAAACGUUUGGGCCCAUCACAUUCGCCAUACGCGUGCGCCUCGAACUGCUUCGUGACAUGGGCGCCUGUCUAAGCCCCUUUGCGGCGCAGCAGCUAAUCCUGGGCCUCGAGACACUGAGCCUCCGCGCGGAGCGGCACGCGCAGAACGCGCUCGCGCUGGCCAGACACCUCGAGAAGAGCCCCUACGUCGCGUGGGUGUCGUACCCGGGUCUCGAGAGUCACGGCAGUCACGAGACGGCCAAGAGGUACCUCAAGCGCGGGUUCGGCGGCGUGCUCAGCGUGGGCGUCAAGGGUGGCGGCGCCGCGGGCAGCCAGGUUGUCGACGGCUUCAAGAUGAUCAGCAACUUGGCCAAUGUCGGUGACUCCAAGACCCUGGCCAUCCACCCGUGGACGACCACCCACGAACAGCUGUCGGAGCAGGAGCGCAUCAGCUCUGGAGUCACCGAGGAUCUCAUUCGCAUCUCUGUGGGCACAGAGCACAUCGACGAUAUCAUUGCUGACUUUGAGCAGUCGUUCAAGAGCGCCGCAGCCACCACCAAGUCGACAGAUGGUGGGGAGGCUAAGGGUGCUCCCGGAAAGGAGGACGAGGCCGCGCCCGUCGUCGUGUGA